AUGACGAAGGUACUUAUACCUGUCGAAUUCGCGGGGCGAUUCUGUCCGGGGACCCUUCCAUCUCUCUUCAAGAUGCAUCUUCUCUCCCUGUUCCUUUCACUCUCCCUCUUGCUCAGAGCCAGCGCAGCACCACCGGGCCUAACUAUCCCCACCCAACAAGGCUCCGUUACCGGCACUCUCGUCUCCCCCACCGUACGACAGUUCCUCGGGAUCCCCUACGCCACCGCGCAGCGUUGGCAGCCGCCCCAACUGCCGCCCAAUCGCACCCGCACCUUUAACGCGAAUAGGUUCGGAGACUCAUGUUUCCAGAACCUCGUACCUCUCUUCGCGGACUACCUGCGCGUCGUGGGUGCCGGGGAAACACUCGACGUGCCGACCUCCGAGGAUUGCUUGAGCGUGAACAUCUGGUCUCCAAGCGUGGAGCGCCUCAGAGGGAAGCGGAAGGCAGCAGUGUUAAUUUGGAUAUAUGGUGGCGGGUUCAUUGUUGGAACGAGCAACACCAGGUUCUAUACUGGCCAGAAUAUCGUCUCUUCCAAUGACGACAUCAUCGUCGUCUCCUUCAACUACCGCCUCGACGUCUUCGGACAGCCGAACGCGCCCCAGCUCGGGUCGGACAACCGCAACUUUGGGCUUUUGGAUAUCAAGGCGGCGGUGCACUGGGUGCAUAAUAAUAUCGCCGAGUUUGGAGGCGACCCAGAGAGAAUCACCUUGUUUGGGCACAGCGCUGGUGCGCAGGCAGCAGAUCUGUAUGCCUUUGCGAACCCGGGGGAUACAUUCGUCAAAGGCAUCAUCCCACAAUCCGGAACUGUCUCCGGUAGUGCGCUCAUCGACCGUGUGCAAACCGACAGCAUGGCCUGGACAACUGUCGCAACCGCUGUUGGAUGCGGAAACGCCGCCACUCCCGCGCAAUUCACCUGCAUGCGCAACAUCAAUCCCCGGACGUUGAUCAAUGCUGUCAUCAGCACCGGAACGAUCUUUGACAGGAUCGUCGACAACGUCACGGAUUUUGCGAACAUCCCGGACCGCGUGGCUUCAGGGCAAUUCCUCAAGGCGGCUUUCCUAGUGGGUAACACUCAGAACGAGGCAGAUUCGCUCCUCGUCGCCACACAGCUGUCGACUGCGAAUAGGAUAUUGCCGGGGCUUACGCAGGCGAUUUCGGAGGUGCAGAGUCUGGUCAGCACUUGUCCUUCAGGUACCGCAGCUGUCCGCAGACGCACCGCGGGUGUACCAGUGUGGAGGUACCAAUACCAAGGCAUAUUCCCUAACCUUCGUCUCUACCCCGAAAUGCGGGCAUACCACCACGCUGAAAUCCCAAUGAUAUUUGGCACCUACGGGCUGAGCACUCUGCGCCCUGGCGUCAAGCCCACCGCCGACCAAGCUGCUUUGUCACGGUAUGUGCAGCGCGCGUGGGUGGCAUUCGCGCGCGACCCGCAACGCGGUCUUCUCGGGUUAGGGUGGCCCCAGUAUGACCCCGAAACAAAGAGUAUCGCGCAGCUGGGUAACCCAGUGUACAGUCCGACGGGGGUAACGUUCGCGCAGGGCAGCCUGGUGGACUGGGCAUGCACGAACCAAACAGAGCUUGUGCAGGUGCAGAGUCAGCUUUUUGGGAUAGUGUUGAGGCCAUAA